AUGAGAUUUGUUGCAUAUCUUACCAUUGAUGCUAAUCAUCUUUUGUGUUUUUCUUCUUUUAGGUCCAGUUACUCCCACCCCUCCUGUGGUUACAGUUACUCUACCUCCCCCUCCAGUGACUGUGACCACUCUACCUUCUGCCACCACAACUGUCCGCCGCCCUCCUCUCACCACACACACCCUGUGGGGGCUAUAAACCAAGUAGGACAUGACCCUCCUACUCCAGGCACUCGACGCCCACCCCCUUCCAACCAGCAUUCACACCCUGAGGUCUUCUGCCCUGCCCGUGAGGAGAGGAAAAUCCUGUGGCCAGCUACUCAGCAAGGAAUGAGAGUGGAGAGACCAUGCCCAAAGGGCACCCGUGGCAUUGCUUCAUUCCUGUGUAUGCCAACAGUGGCCAUAUGGAACCCUCGUGGCCCUGACCUCAGUAACUGUACCUCUCCUUGGGUCAAUCAGGUGGCACAGAAGAUUAAGAGUGGGGAGAAUGCAGCUAACAUUGCUGGUGAACUAGCCCGUCACACCCGUGGACAGAUCUACGCUGGGGAUGUCACAUCGACCGUUCGACUUUUGGAACAGCUUGUGGAUAUUCUGGAUGCUCAGUUACAAGCACUACGCCCAAUAGAGAGAGAGAGUGCAGGAAAGAAUUACAACAGGAUGCACAAGAGAGAAAGGACCUGUAAGGACUAUAUCAAGGCGGUGGUGGAAACAGUAGAUAACCUCUUACGGCCAGAAGCGUUACCCUCAUGGCGAGAUAUGAAUACCACAGAGCAGGAGCAUGCUGCUACCAUGUUACUGGACAUAUUGGAAGAAGGAGCUUUUCUAGUGGCUGACAAUGUCAAAGAGCCUGCCCGCUUUCAGACCGCUCGGACUAAUGUCGUGCUGGAGGUGUCCGUGGUGAACACAGAGGGUCCUGUCUCUGAGCUGGUUUUCCCCCAGGACAAUCACAGUCUGAGCUCUAUCCAGCUUUCGGCCAACUCUAUCAAGCAGAACAGUCGCAAUGGGGUGGUGAAGGUGGUAUUUAUCCUCUACAACAAUCUCGGUCUCUUCUUGUCAACGGAAAAUUCUACCGUACGUUUUGGGGGAGAAAGCGGCUCUACUGGACACUCGCUGGUCGUAAACUCACAGAUAAUUGCUGCUUCGAUGAAUAAGGAGUCCAGCAGAGUAUUCUUGGUGGAACCCGUUAUUUUUACCUUACCUCACCUACAGUCUAAGAACCACUUUAAUGCCAACUGCACAUUCUGGAAUUACUCGGAGCGCUCCAUGUUGGGGUACUGGUCAACGCAGGGCUGCCGUUUGGUCCAUACCAACAAGACACACACAACCUGUGCAUGCAACCACCUCACCAACUUUGCUGUGCUAAUGGCUCAGAGGGAUAUGGUGUAUCCUGGUCAUAUAAAUGAUUUGCUGCUCUCUGUCAUCUCAUGGGUGGGAAUUGUGAUCUCUCUGGUCUGUCUCGGAAUUUGUAUCUCCACCUUCUGCUUCCUAAGAGGUCUUCAGACUGACAGGAACACCAUCCACAAGAACCUGUGCAUCAGCCUUUUCCUUGUUGAGCUUCUCUUCCUCACUGGUAUUGACAAAACCCAGUAUCAGGUGGUGUGCCCCAUCUUGGCUGGUCUCUUACAUUUCUUUAGCCUGUCAGCCUUCUCCUGGCUUUGUCUAGAGGGAGUGCAGCUUUAUCUCAUGCUAGUGGAGGUGUUUGAAACAGAGCACUCUCGACGAAAGUACUACUACCUCUGUGGCUACGUCUUCCCAGCCCUCGUGGUGGGGAUUUCAGCAGCUGUCGAUUACAGAAGCUACGGCACAGAUAAAGCUUGCUGGCUGCGGGUUGAUAAUUAUUUCAUCUGGAGUUUUAUUGGCCCGGUUUCCCUUGUUGUUGUGGUGAACCUACUUAUCCUGCUGGUCACUCUCCACAAGAUGCUUCGCUCCUCCUCUGUCCUGAAGCCAGACUCCAGCCGCUUGGAGAACAUCAACUCUUCCGGUACUGUGUCUUACCUUCAAAUAAACCUGAUAUUUAUUUAUGAACUUAUUUUUUCCUAUUUCAGGUCAUGGGCCUUAGGGGCAGUUACCCUACUCUUCCUCCUCGGUCUCACCUGGGCUUUUGGUCUCCUGUUCAUCAAUAAAGAGUCUUUGGUCCUGGCGUAUCUCUUUACGACCUUCAAUGCCUUGCAGGGCCUCUUCAUCUUCAUCUUCCACUGUGCUCUCCAGAAGAAGGUACAUAAGGAAUACAGCAAAUGUCUGAGACAUUCGUACUGUUGUGUGAGGGGUCCAGGAGCAGAACACGGAACUUUGAAAUCAACAGUUAACAGUCGAUACUACACCCAGAGCCGUAUUCGUCGGAUGUGGAAUGACACUGUCAGAAAACAGACAGAAUCCUCCUUUAUUGCCGGAGACCUAAAUAGCACCCCGACUCUAAACAGAGGCACAAUGGGUAACCACUUACUGACGAAUCCUGUGCUGCAAAGCCGUGUAGGCACCAGCCCGUAUAACACACUUAUCACAGAGUCUGUGGGCUUUAGUCCAUCCUCCCCUGGAUACAACACCACUGAACACACCUUAAGCCGAGAUCCAUGUGGAAAGGAUGCCCUUCCUCCCCUACCGCUCAAUGGUAACUUUAACAAUAGCUAUUCCCUUAGAGCUGGAGACUUCCCGCCUGAUCCUUCCAAACUGGGUGACGGGGGACGUCGUAAUAUUACGGAUGCUGCAGCAUUUGAAAAGAUGAUCAUUUCUGAGCUGGUACACAGCAACCUGAGGGGCAAGUCUCACCAGGGGACAACAGACACUGGAGAUGAGGAGGUAACAUCCGGGGCAAUUGCAGAAGGUGGAGAAGUCCCCCACCCUGGAGAUGGAGCGCAUGUACAAAGCUUUGGAAGAACCCCUUCUCUUACAGCGAGCUCAGUCCAUCUUGUACCAGAGUGA